AUGACUUGCAACAAGUUCAACCCCUUCCUGCCAUAGUCAUCGACUUAAUGGUCCUGAUCUAUAUCUGCGCAUUUGCUGCUAAUUCACGGAACCUUUACAAUGGCUAUAUAUAGGACAGCGCCUUUCGGAAUUCUCCUUUUGACUCAUUUUGACCUACCUUGACUCGUGCGACGCAGCGACGUGCACACCAGGAUACUUUCUCAAAGCUUCCCAAGGCAUACAUAACUUCCGAAAUAAUUACGAGCAUUGUCCAUCAUGUCGAACAAGCCACUAUCCAUCCCUCCACCUCCUGGGCUUUACGUCGCUCCCGUUAUGUUUUUUGACGAUAACGAGGAGUUUGACUUUCCGGCGAUCAAACUUCACCUGCUCAGGCUGGCCCACGGAGGGGUUACUGGCAUCUUCAUCACAGGCUCAUACGGAGAAGCGCAGCACCUUUCCCAUGAUGAGCGCAAAACCAUCAUUCGGUUCACUCGCCAGACUCUCGAUGAGAACGGUUUCAAAGAUAUUGUGCUUAUCUCGGGCACCGGGACACAAUCGACGAGGGAGACGAUGAAGCUCAACGUCGACGCAAGAGAAGCUGGUGCUGCCUACGCGCUCAUCUUCACCCCAUCAACUUGGAGAGCACGGAUGACUAGGGAGGCUAUCAUCCGUUUCCACGUCCAGGUUGCGGACGCAUCGCCCAUACCGACCAUGAUCUACAACAAUCCUGGCAAUACAGCAGGCAUCAAUAUUGACUCCGAUAUGUUUAUCGAACUAGGCAGACACCCUAAUAUCGUCGGCGCUAAGCUAGGCUGCUCUGACCUUGCAAAACUCACGCGUAUCGUCACCACCCUCCCUCAGUCUCAGUUUUCGGUGUUCACUGCGACCUCCGAUACCCUACUCCCUGCUCUCAUGCUCAAAGCAGCGGGCGGAAACACAGCGCUUCUGAACAUCGCCCCAAAGGUGCAUUGUCGCAUGCUGAGCUUGUACGAGUCGGGUAAAGUUGACGAGGCGCUCGAUAUUCACCGGAUCCUUGCCCACUGUGACAACGUGUCGCGAAAGCUUGGAGGACCUGCAUUCUUGAAGGCCAUCGUAUCGAAGAAAUUUGGGUAUGGAGAUGCGGUGAUAAGAGGGCCUCUGCUUGGGGUACCGUCGGUGGAUGAGCUGCGAGACGAAGACGCUGAGCUCAUGGACGAACUGAUCAACCUUGAGAAAUCGCUUUAGUUUGGACAAACUAGGUUCCGAUUGGAUGUAUUGAUUUUUUGUUGAAGUAGGUUGUAGUUUUGAAAAGCAGCUAUAAAUUAAGGUUUAAGAUGAGAUUCUCA